UGCAGGCAAAACACCGGAAGCAGAUGCAGACUCACCACGAGAUCAAGGAGGCGAAUGAUGCCGUGCAGCGCAGGAAGGAAGAGCUGCACGAACAGGACCGCAUGGCCGACCAGAAGGUCCGUGAAUUCCAGGACCUCAAGCUGAAACGAGAGACUGAAUUUGAGGAGUUGCAGAAGCGUUUGAGACGAGAGAAGGCGGUAGAGGUUGCUCGCCUGCAGGCCCUACAGGAACGUGCACAAGACAUCAAGGCCGAGCAGGAUGAAUUACGGGCCAAGCGGAGCCAGGAGGCUGCUGAGCGGGAUUGGCGGCGGAAGGAGCUGGACGACGAGAAGAAGAAGGCCAAGUUGAACGCGGUGCUGAAGGAAUCCCGGUCGACCCAAAUCCAGCAGAAACAACAUUUCCUAGCCGUGCAGGCCAACAAGGAGCGGCAGGAGUUUGAGAGAGUGCUCAAGGUUCAGAAGGAGCAGAUGGAAAAGGAGCAGAUGGAGGAAGACGACAAGAGGCAUGGCAGGACCAGGUUUGCCACAGAUCUAAGGGAGCAGAUCCGGGAAAAGGAGCAGAAACAUAUUGCGGAGAGAGCUGCCUUCUUUGAGGAAGGCAAACGGCUGAAGGAGGAAGCUCACCAGCGCCGGGUCCGCCUUGAUCAGGUCAAGCAGAAGAAGCUGGAUGAGCUAAGAUCCGUUGGACUUCCAGAGAAAUACUGUCAUCAAAUUGAGCGCCGUUUGAAGUCUAUCUCAACCUAGUGACUCGUCAAUUUGGGCCGAAAUUUUUUAUUAUAGACCUUGUCCGACAUUGUGUCAAAUAUAUUAAAAUUAAAUGAAUCAU